UUCUGGUUUAGUCCUGGUUUAGUUCUGGUUUAGUCCUGGUUUAGUCCUGGUUUAGAUCUAGUUUAGUUUAGUCUGUGAGGCGCUGUGACCUCUGACCUUUGCCCCCCUCAGGCGUGCCCGUCAGGUGAGGCCCCGCCCCCUCUGCAGGUGAUGGCGCACCUGUCUGACGGGCGGCGGCAGGUGCUGAGGCGCUCGGACGACGACCUGGCCUGGAUGAUGAAGAGGCUGGUCGACUGUUUCCCCGACGACCGCGACACGCUGUCCAAUCAGCUGCUGAGCGGUUUGCUGAAGGUUCGAGCGGCAGAAAAAAAUCCAGAUCCAGAAUUUAAAAUCCAAGAAAUCAACAAACUCCUGACGACGAUCAUCCACCUGCCACUCAAAUUCUCUCAGUCUGAACCCGUCCAGACUUUCUUUGGAUUGGACCUGGACUCCAGAGCAGAUCCAGACCCAGACCCAGACCCAGACCGGACUCAACCCGGUCUCACUGAGGACCCAAACCAGACUAAAGACCCCAGCGAGACCCCGGAGGAGCCUAGAGUCCAGAUUCCGGGUCCAGACCAGGUCCUGUUGAGCCUCGUGUCGCACUCAGAGGUGCUGCGGUGUAACGGCUUCUGUUUGGCGAACACCGAGACCGUUUUCUUCGACCAAUGGGAGCGCAGGAGCCAGAGAGCCGGCCAAUGGGAGCGCGGCGGGCGGAGUGCGGGCCAAUCAGAGCACGGCGGCGGCGGCGGCGGCAGCAAGGACAGACGGUGAGCGGCGGCGCCUCCGUGUCGCCCCCCGGUGUCGCCCCUCGUGUCUCGCGCUCAUUCUGCUUCUGUUCUGAGUCCAGGGCCGACACUUCCUGUUUAGGACACGCCCCCCGCUGCGGCCUGGCUCACCUGAUUGGACGAGUGGUGAGGGGGCGGAGCCUGAAGAGGAAGAAGGCAGAGUCUUCGUAAGUGGCCCCGCCCCCCCACAGGAGGCGGAGUUUGUGCCUUAGUGUUUGCGGUCGCCGUUUGACACUGUUCCACCCUGUGAUGUCAUCAGGUGGAGCUUGUCUCUUCAGCUCAGGUCUCGUGGUCUCGUUUACAUGAGGUUUUUUAAAAAUCUGAAUUAAUUGUUUUGAAUUAAAUAGUUCAGAAUCUGUUUCCAUGGAAACUGUAAAGGUGAAGCUCUUAUUUACGUUUGGUUUUUAAAAGUGCGGUGAUGCUUUUAUUUUGGUGACUUCCUGUGUGAAAGGAAGUUCAAACUUUGACUUGACGUACAAAAAAGAAGCAACGAAAAGACGUCACGGUGAAAACAGCGAGAAACAAAAACAGCCGUGAAAAGUUUGAUAAAAAACGUAAAGAUAAAAACAGUCGACAGGAGCGAAGUUUGUUUGAUUUGUUUGAUUUGUGAAAGUUUUAUCAGAACUUCUGGUCAUUUGUGCCGAUUUAACGUGAAAUCUGGAAAACUGUUGAAUGAUGUCAUGACCUGAGUUAGUGACACUGUGACCCGGUGAUCAUUUCUGUUAUUUUACAUUUAUGACACGGCAAGAAAAAGAUGAAGAGAUGAAGAGAUGAAGAGAUGAAGAGAU